AUGUCUCUCUCAAUUUCUCUCUCCCUACCUCUAAGCCUAGCAACCUCAAUCCACGCCUCUCAAGAUCUCGAGACUGGCUCAUUAACCUCCCAAGUCCAACAAUCCAUCAUCCGAUCUAUCGUCACCGCAAUAAAGUCCCUUCCCUCCGACACCUCAACCUGGAAUCUGGAGCUCUACGAUUCUCCCAAGCAAAUCUCCGCAGAAGAAGCAGAACAGGAAGAAAGAGAACGCUCCUCCGCCUCUCCGCCCUCCCCUCGUGUCUCCUUCACAAGUACAGAUACCUACAUCCCCAAUCCUCGUCCUGCACCCCUCAGAAAACGCCGCAGCAGUCUCAAAAACGGCAAAAACCCCAUCCCCAAUGGCCAGCACCACCACCACAGUAUCCUCCAUCCGAACUUCCCAAACGCCCUGCAAAAGCCUUUCGGGCCAGAUAUAUCAUUUCCCAACGCCCACUUUGUCUUCGAGGUCCGCCGUCAACACGAUUUAACAAGAAGUUUUGCGGUCGCAGCGCAUGAGAGUACCACGACUGCGGAGUUGGCAUUGGCGAUUUGGAAGUUAGAAGGGGUAGCCAUGAGGGAGCAGAAGCUGUAUUUUGAGGGACAUGAGAUUUACAAUGGGGAGGCGCAUGAGAGGGACGUGGGGUAUGAAUCGGUGCGGUUGAGGGGAAAGUUUAGACAUAUCCGGCAGGGAAGUAUCGUGAUUUUGGUUGUGACUGGGAGGGAGGGGGAGAGGAGAACGGCACCGAGGACGGGUCUGGGGUUUUAG